AUGGAGGCCGGGGGCUGCCGGUACCAGUUUCGGAUCGCGCUGCUGGGGGACGCAGCCGUGGGCAAGACGUCGCUGCUGCGGCGCUACGUGGCGGGCACGCCGGGGGCCCGCGAGCCCGAGCCGGAGUCCGAGGCGGCGCCCACGGUGGGCGUCGAGUUCUACAGCCGCGCGCUGCAGCUUCAGGCCGGGCCGCGCAUCAAGCUGCAGCUCUGGGACACCGCGGGCCACGAGCGCUACAGGUGCAUCACCAGGUCCUUUUACCGGAAUGUGGUGGGUGUCCUGCUGGUCUUUGACAUGACAAACAGGAAGUCUUUUGAACACAUCCAAGACUGGCACCAGGAGGUCAUGGCCACCCAGGGCCCUGACAAGGCAGUCUUCCUGCUGGUUGGCCACAAGAGUGACCUGCAGAGCAGCCGUUGUGUCUCCGCCCAAGAGGCAGAGGAACUGGCCACCUCCCUGGGUAUGGCCUUUGUGGAGACCUCAGCCAGAAACAACAGCAAUGUGGACCUGGCCUUCAACACCCUCACCGAUGCCAUCCAGCAGGCCCUGCAGCAGGGGGUCAUCAAGCUGGAGGAAGACUGGGGGGGUGUCCGCUUCAUCCACAACACCCAGAGCCCUAGACCCCCCAGGAGGAAGCAAAACCCAGGCCCAUGCCAGUGUUGACUUGGGGAGGGAAAGGGUUAAAACAGUGCCAAC